AUGCAUGUUGCGCUUCCUCUUUACAUGUAUCCGUCAGCAGGAACAUGGCAACCACUUUACGACGCUUUGAACAACAACCCUCGAGUCACCUUUGACAUCAUCGUCAACCCUAGUAACGGACCUGGAGGCUCUCUCCCGGACUCUGACUACAUCUCGAACAUCUCCAUGAUAAACUCAUACAACAACGUCAACACACUUGGUUAUGUACACACCAGCUAUGGCAACCGAUCGCUCUCAGACAUUUCAUCCGACAUUGACACCUAUCAAUCCUGGUCCACAUACACAAACUCCAACAUCUCGCUGAACGGCAUUUUCGUGGACGAAACACCCGCUUCUUUGGAUUACUACGACUAUGUGGGAACCAUCUACAACAAGAUCAAAUCGACCAUGAGUCACGGAAACCUCGUCUGGACAAAUCCGGGCGUCCCUGUUGAUGCAUCUUUCUACAACAUUGCAGACAUGAUCAAUGCCUACGAAAACACGUACGAUAAUUGGAUGCAUCAAGGAGGCAAUUCGAGUAUUCCGCAAGCGAUGAGGAGCAAGAGUACUGUCAUGUUGCAUAGUUAUCCUUCCGGUACUGAAACUAUGGCCUCUGAUGUCGACGAUCUGGUGGAUGCUGGCUACCAUGGAGGCUUGUUGAUUGUUGAUGAUCAAUACACGAGUUUCGAUCCAAUGUGGUCGACUUUCACGUCGGAGGUUGGGCAGUCGAAUGCGAAUGUGAAAUGCUGA